AUGUCAGAAGGGGACAGUGUUGGGGAGUCAAUCCAUGGAAAACAAUCUAUAGUCGCCGCCUUUUUCACUCGUGUUGGACAGAUCUAUCAGUCAUGGCUAGACAAGUCAACACCAUACUCUGCAGUCCGAUGGGCCUCCACUCUUUUACUUACCGCUUUAUACAUGAUCAGAGUGUACAUAUUACAGGGUUGGUAUAUAGUAACAUAUGCCUUGGGAAUCUACCAUCUGAACCUGUUCAUUGCAUUUCUAUCUCCAAAAGUGGAUCCUUCACUCCUUGACGAAGAUGAGGGCCCUGCCCUUCCGACCAAGCAGAAUGAAGAGUUCCGUCCUUUCAUCCGAAGGCUACCCGAGUUCAAAUUCUGGCAUUCAGCAACAAAAGGCAUUGUCAUUGCCAUGAUUUGCACAUUUUUUGAAGCCUUCAAUGUGCCUGUGUUCUGGCCCAUACUUGUCAUGUACUUCAUUAUGCUCUUCUGCAUCACCAUGAAAAGGCAGAUCAAGCAUAUGAUCAAGUAUAGAUACCUACCAUUCACGCAUGGGAAAAGGACAUACAAAGGCAAGGAAGACACAGGGAAACCUUUUGCAAGUUAA